CAGCUUGCCCUCCCCAGCCUUGGGGUAAAAAAAAAACCAAACCAAAAAACAAUUCAGCCCCUAUUUGUAAGAGCAAAGUAUUUAUUUUAUUAAAGAGCGAAAAUGUCGUCUUUCGCGAAAGAUUUCAGCAAAGCAAUGUCUCAAGCUGGCAGUUCACAGUUUCAGGAAGUCAUUCGACAAGAGCUGGAGUACUCCAUGAAAGUAGAACUUGAUAAGAUACUUGCGACUGCACCCUCAAAUGAGCUAGAGCACACUAAAAAGGACCUGGAAGGAUUUAAGAAGCUAUUUCAUAGAUUCCUACAAGAAAAGGGACCAUCUGUGGACUGGGGGAAGAUUCAGAGACCUCCAGAAGAUUCUAUCCAACCCUAUGAGAAGAUAAAGGCCAGAGGACUGCCCGAUAACAUUGCUUCUGUCUUGAACAAGCUGGUGGUUGUGAAACUAAAUGGCGGCUUGGGCACAAGCAUGGGUUGUAAAGGCCCAAAAAGUCUUAUUGGGGUGCGGAAUGAGAACACCUUCUUGGAUCUGACAGUUCAGCAGAUUGAGCAUUUAAACAAAUCCUACAACACUGAUGUUCCUCUUGUUCUCAUGAAUUCCUUCAACACUGAUGAUGACACAAAGAAAAUUUUGCAGAAAUACAGUCACAGCCGUGUGAAGAUAUAUACUUUUAAUCAAAGCAGGUAUCCUAGAAUUAACAAGGAAACUCUGCUGCCAAUAGCCAAGGAUGUGUCUUACUCAGGAGAGAAUACGGAGUGCUGGUAUCCCCCGGGCCAUGGAGAUAUCUACGCCAGUUUUUAUAACUCUGGUCUGCUGGACAACCUUAUCGGAGAGGGGAAAGAAUAUAUUUUUGUAUCCAACAUAGAUAACUUGGGUGCCACUGUGGACCUUUACAUUCUUAAUCAUCUUAUGAACCCACCCAAUGGAAAACGCUGUGAAUUUGUCAUGGAAGUCACAAACAAAACCAGGGCGGAUGUGAAGGGUGGCACGCUUACGCAAUAUGAAAACAAGCUGAGGCUGGUGGAGAUAGCUCAGGUCCCAAAAGCACACGUGGAUGAAUUCAAGUCCGUGUCAAAAUUCAAAAUAUUCAAUACCAACAAUCUGUGGAUUGCUCUGUCUGCGAUUAAAAGGCUGCAAGAGAAAAACACUAUUGACAUGGAGAUCAUUGUUAACCCAAAGACUCUGGAUGGAGGCUUGAACGUUAUCCAGUUGGAGACUGCAGUUGGUGCUGCUAUUAAGAGUUUUGAGAACUCUCUGGGUAUAAACGUACCUCGUAGUCGUUUUCUGCCUGUUAAGACCACGUCAGAUCUCUUGCUUGUGAUGUCUAAUUUGUAUAGCCUUAAUGCUGGAUCUCUAACAAUGAGCGAGAAGCGUGAAUUUCCAACAGUGCCUCUUGUCAAACUGGGAAGUUCUUUCACAAAGGUUCAAGAUUACCUGCGGAGGUUUGAAAGUAUUCCAGAUAUGCUGGAGCUGGAUCAUCUCACGGUUUCAGGUGAUGUUACAUUUGGGAAGAACGUUUCAUUAAAGGGAACAGUCAUCAUCAUUGCAAAUCAUGGUGACAGAAUUGACAUCCCAGCUGGAGCUCUACUGGAGAACAAAAUCGUAUCUGGCAAUCUUCGGAUCCUGGACCACUGAGUCAGUGAAAGGGCACAGUCGGUUCUGUAGACUGCUGUGCUAAACCAGCCUCGUAAUGGAAGAACCUUUUAAGCAUUAGAAAUAUAAGUACACAGAGGGCCUCUGCUUUGCCAUCUUCACAGUACCCUGCAGUAUUAAUUUAAAAUUAAUUUCUCUUGCUUAUCUUUUUAAGCAGACACAUAGCGCAGUGGAUGUGCGUAAGUAAUGCUUCAGUCCUUAAAGAGAUUCUGUAACUAACUCAGUUAAUAUAACCUUGAAGUGCAAUACUGUUUGUCUUGAGGUAAGAUGGACAGAUCAUCUUUGAUAAGAAGUUGAGAGGCUUGCCUCUAACACAGUAGUUUUGAAUUGCUUGUAACUGCAGAAA